CUGCGUGAUAUUUGUUGUUGUUUUCGUGGAGCGGAAGACGACAGUCGACAUUUUUACACUCGGUUGGACUCCCAAGUUCUAGAAAACAGUCAUUUGAGCAAUAUAAUUUUUUUUUGUAGAAUAAUCAAUUCGGUGAUACGAGGGACUAGCGGAGACUUUGGGACUUGCUCUGUCAUUUGGUCAUACCGUGUUUUAGCUGCCCGAAGAUGGCAAGUCAGUACCAGGGCGCUGUACCGCUGGAGGUGAGGAGAGCGGAGGGAGAGCGUGUCCGGGCCAAGCAUCCUGACAAGAUACCGAUCAUUGUAGAGAGGGCCCAGAGGUCACGAGCUCCUGAACUGGAUAAGAAGAAAUACUUGGUGCCCUCAGAUUUAACAGUGGGGCAGUUGUGUUUCCUCAUCCGCCAGCGUGUGUCAUUGAGACCAGAGGAGGCGCUCUUCUUCUUUGUCAACAACUCCUUGCCCCCCUCCAGUUCCCCUCUUUCUGCAGUCUAUGAGGAGCACCACGAAGAAGACCUGUUCCUCUACAUGACGUACAGCAACGAGAGCGUCUACGGUGCCUGAAGGGAGCAUACCGCCAGGUUGGCCUGGAUGACGAGAACGAGAAAGAGGGGAGAUGGGAGACGCCAUUAUUAUUCUCUAAAUUAGUGUACGAGUAAUCACGUGGUGGGGAAAAAGUCUGAUGGUUGCAGUUUCAUUUAUUAUUAAAUCCUUACAUGGCGAAAGAAAAAUGAAAAAAGGAAGAAAAUUGAUGGAAAAGGAAGUGGUCUCAUGGUCUUGGCCAGAGCUCCCCUCAUCUUUCUCAUGUGUAUUUAAUGAAUAUAGUUUUGGUUUUGUAAAUUGAGCAAUCAUGAACUUUUUUUUUUUGUGUGGCAAAUAAAGAUUACAAAAGCAU